AUGGCGCAGAUUCAAGUUCUAAGGAAAAUACAUAUUUCAGAUAUAAAGGAUGGAGUGAUCUAUGAGGAUGUGCUCUUUACAGCAGGAAGGGAUCGGGUUAUUCGGGUUUCAUCCGUGCCAGAACUUAUUUCUCUCACUGAAUCUGAAGACCUUGGGGCUGCAGUAAAUUCAAUGUGCUUCCACAAAGGCACUUUAUAUGCGGGACUGCAGACAGGCGAGAUAGUGAAGUACGCUGUGACAGUGGACCAAGCAAAAACAAAUGAAUCUGAAAAAAAUGAAGUGAAUGUGACCAUGAAUAUUCUUAGCCGGGAAAAGGUGCACACAGAUAAUGUGUGCUCUCUUAGUGCCUUUGAAGAAGGUGUUUUAAGCACGUCCUGGGACAGCACUCUGGGAAUUCUCAGAGAAAAUCACGCAGCAGAAAUCAUCCGAAUAGAAAGUGUCGCGUGGACAGCAAAAAAGGUCCCAAAUCAAGACAGGAUACUCGCAGGAUGCAUAGAUGGGUCAGUCAUAACCCUGAAAAAGGUCGACCAAAAAUACACCCAAGCAAAGGGAAUUCGCCUGCACGCCACAUGCAUUCGUGACAUGAUAAUGGAAGAGAACAAAUAUAUAUCCGUCUCCAACACGGGCGUAGUCAUAGUAGCAGACCUAGCAGGAAGAGUCCUUCAUAAAGUAGACCUAAAUAAUACAAGUUUCCGAAUAAACCCAUACACAGCACAGAAAGAGACAGGAUACAUUGUGGCAUCAGACGAAGGGAUGGUCUACAUCCUGAACAAUAAGCUGGAGAGUCUCUUUAGCAUAGCAGUGCCCACACUUUCUUGCUGGAGUGCAGUCUCAAAGGACGGAAGAAUAUUCGCACUCGGGGCAGAUGGAAGGGUCUACGUCUUCGGGGAGACACAAACAAGUCAGUCAUACGAGUGCCAGAAGGAACUUGAAGAACUCCAAAGUGAAAUAACCAAAGACAAGACAGAAGCACAAAACCCCACAGAGCAACAAGGAAAUUCACCGCAGUAUAAAGUGGUAGAUGACAAAGUGUACGAAUUAAAGGAUGGAGAGUGGGAACUAUUUGGGAGCACAGUGGAAAAGAAGAAAAAAGACCAUACAAUCACAAUUACGUUAGGAAAUGCAAAUUAUUCACUAUCCUUUGAUAAAACAGACAAGUACGAGGAGGUUGCCUUGGGUUUCGUAAAGGAAAAUAAUCUUGGGACAGAAUACAUCCCAGAGAUAGUAGAAUUCUUGGACAAGAACUUCUCCGGGAAGAAAAAGAGGGAUAUUUCAAAGUACUUCGUAUACGACACGAUUAACCUGGAGGCAGUCACAAAAAGAAUUGAAGCACUCCCAGAUAGUCACAGAGUGAUUGAAUUCCUGCAGGAUGAAUCGACUAAGAACCACGAAAAAGAGGCAGAAGUAGAAGUAAUCCUGGGGGAGUGGCUGGAAAAGGACCUGGAAAGUGUUGCUGUCUUGGAUAUUUACAAAUACUUAAUUGCACAGGGCGUAGAUUUCAACUUGUCCUUCUUGAAGCACAUUAACCCACUCACCUGCAAGAAGACUGCCCUUGCAUUCUCCCUUAUAGCCACAAAUGUACUAGCAGUGCGGCCAGAGUGUAAAUCAUUUGUAGACCCAUCUAUGUCAAAGAUAAUUGACAAGCAAUUAGUGGGCGCAAAAACACUGCAGAACUACAAGAAUAACAGAAGAGUGUAA